GAAUAGUUUAUGGUUCAUUGUCAAUGGCUAGAUGUAACAUCCUGUCAUGGAUAUAUUUCUAGUAAAAAUAAAAAUCGAUCGUCGAUUUUUCAAAUGUUACGACUCCAUGAGGAAACUCUAAAAACUGUUUUGAAGAAAUACAUAAUUUUAAGAAUAAAUGACUAACAGCAAUGCUAAAAUUCAGGUCCAGACUUUUUGUUGGAAUUAAAGCCGUCUGCACUGUACGAUCGGGUCUAAAAAUGUGCGCAAUGGCGAUGAAUACCAAGCCGUUUACUGUGUUUGUCGAAGGCAAUAUUGGUAGCGGCAAAACAACAUUUCUGGAACACUUUCGUCGGUUUGAGGAUAUUACCUUAUUGACUGAACCUGUGGAGGAAUGGAGGAACCUAAAAGGAUGGAACUUAUUGGACCUAAUGUACAAGGACACAGCUAAAUGGGCAAUGACAUUUCAAUCUUAUGUGUCUUUAACUAUGCUGGAGAUGCAUCAGAGGCCUACCCCUACCCCAGUGAAACUGAUGGAAAGGUCUUUGUACAGUGCUCGUCACUGUUUUGUGGAGCAUAUGAUGAGGAGUGGUACCAUACAUCCAGCAGAGUUUGCAGUUUUGGAUGAGUGGUUCAAAUUUAUCAUGAACCACAUACACAUUGAUGCUGACCUAAUUGUUUACCUGAAAACAACUCCAUCAGUGGUGUAUGAAAGAAUAAAGAAGAGAGCAAGAUCAGAGGAGCAGUGUGUCCCUCUGUCCUAUAUUGAAGAAUUGCAUAAACUACAUGAAGACUGGCUAAUUAAUAGACAACAUGCAGAAUGCCCUGCCCCAGUUUUAGUGUUAGAUGCUGACUUGGAUCUGUCUCAAAUAACAGAAGAAUAUAAGAAGAGUGAGCACCAAAUAUUGAGGAAAGCAGUUGAUGUGGUGAUGAGAUCACCUAACAAGCUUAGCCCUAAGAAACCAAUUACUACCUCCCCUAUACAAAUAGUGCCUCAAAGAAGAAUAUUAUAAGAUUAACAGCAUUUUUUAUUUUUAAAACCAUUUACUUAGUUUACCUUUGACUUGUGUUCUUUAUGACUUAUUACUUUUAAUGUUAGUUUUAAAGAUUAAUUAAUGAAAAGAUCACAAAAUGAUAGUGUAAUAAUAUAUGUAUGAUAGAUGAUAAUAUGUGAUUUAUGUCAGAGACUUAUAAAUGAGCCUUAAUAUAAUUAUAUUCCAUUGUGCUUUAGACACUUUAGAAAGUUAAUUCUUAUAAGAUUUAACUAAAAAUAGUUAUAUGUUCUGGAACAUUCAAUGUGAGAUAAAACAAUUUAUAAAUUUGUUUACUGUACUCCUUAUAUAUCAUUUUUUUAGUAUGUUUGUCUGAUAAAAAAUCUGAUAUUUAUAAUUCUUAGUUUUAGUUGUGUGUAUUGUAUUGUGAAAAUUGCAUUUACUUUUAGAAGUUCAAUUGUUUGUAUUAUGCCAAUGAAUUUAAAUCAGCACUGUACU